UUUUGGUAUAAAUACUAAACUGGACGCAGCACGAACAACAGUUUCAAUCAAGACUUUUCCAAGCAAAAUCCAAAACCACCAAAAUGUUUAAAUACUUGCUAUUGCUUGCCAUCGUUGGAUUCACUUACGGUGCUAAUUCAUAUAGAUCCAACGCAUUAUCCACCUUUGGAAAAUCAAGCUACGGUGGAUCUUCGCAAUACAAACGUCCCGUUUCGCAUGCUAGUUCUAGCGAUGAUGCUCAUGCUGAAGUCAGAACUCUUUCCUCAGAUGUUCGUCAGGAUGGUUUCGAUUAUGCUUUGGAAACCAGUAAUAGCAUUGUAGCAAAGGCUGCUGGCGAUGAUCAUGGGAAUGUACAUGGUGAAUUUGGUUGGGUUGAUCCGAAUGGCGAACAUGUCCAGAUCUCUUAUGUAGCUGAUGAAAAUGGUUACCAGCCAACUGGUGCUUGGAUUCCAACACCACCACCAAUUCCAGAGGCUAUCUUGAAAGCAUUAGAAUAUAUUCGCACUCACCCACCAAAAGAAGAAGUUCAUUCUCAAUCCCAUGCCUACGGUAAAAAGCAUUUUGGUUAGAAAUUAGAUCGUAACAAAAUGACAAUGAUUUUGUUUAAUUGAUCUUAAUAAAAUAGAUGUACAUAUUUUUUUAUUAAAGAACUACUAAGUUGUG